ACACUGUCACAACUUUACAAAAACAAUAAACCGAGGUCUCUCGUUCAGCAACAUACGUCGCGCUCAGAUGACACAACAAUAGUGUACAAAAACCCAAAGUGACGGUCUACCCAGCGUCCAACCCUGAGCCAAAUGGGAAGACCACCCUGCUAUGUCUGGCUAGGGACAUGUUUCCAGACUUGGUCAAGAUUUCAUGGAAGAUGGUGGGUGAAAAUGGCCGAACAGUAGAGGUACCCAAAGCAGAGAGGGGAGAGCUGGAGCAGAGGGAGGAAGGACGGACGACCAGUAUGAUCAUCAUUGAUAAAGACAAGACAUACAGGAACAAAUACAGCUGUUCUGUGGAGCAUGAAGGGGGCCCUCAAAAUGUUGACAUACCAGAAGAGGAACCAACUGAAGCUUCUCCAACCACCAUGGCUGCACCAACCACUUUGCAGGUUACCUAUGAUGAACCAACUGAAGCUCCUCAAACCACCAUAGGUUCACCAACCACUCUGCAGGUUACCAACGUGUCAGUGGCAGGGCAGAAAUUGGACCAGCAGAUAUCAUGGACUAGGACACAGGGACAGGCUGUCUCCUUCAGCUGCAAAGACAAUGAUCAGUGUGGAUCGUAUGUCUUCUGGUACCAGAAGAAGGAGGGAGAACCCUUUACCUUUAUUCUCGAAAUCCAAAAGGAUGACUGCGCUGUCGAUGCAAGUUACAACCAUCCUCAAAAAGAUGACUUCUCAGCAACAAUUAUGAAUAACAACUGUGAUCUAAAAAUCCAGUCUGUUAAAGUCUCCCAUUCUGCCACCUACUACUGUGCCUGCUGGAACCCACAUGGCUGCUUCAGGACAGUUGCUGCAGCAGGACCAGAUAUCAGAGACAAGGUGUGUGUUGGGAGAUCAGAUUUCUCUUUUGAGAGGGAGUCUGACUCCAGUGAGCUGAAGAUCCAGUCAGUUAUAGUGUACCAUUCUGCCACCUACUCUGCCUGCUGGGACACAGGACUCCACAACAACAAUAGUGUACAAAAACCCAAAGUGACGGUGUACCCAGCGUCCAACCCUGAGUCGAAUGGGAAGACUACUCUGCUAUGUCUGGCUAGGGACAUGUUUCCAGACUUAGUCAAGAUCUCAUGGAAGAUGGAGGAUGAAUACGGCCGAACACUGGAGGUGCCCAAAGCAAAGGGGGAACAGCUGGAGCAGAGGGAGGAAGGACAGACGACCAGUAUGAUCAUCAUUGAUAAAGAGAAAACGUACAAGAACAAAUACAUCUGUUCUGUGGAGCAUGAAGGGGGCACUCAAGAUGUUGACAUACCAAAAGAUCCCUUCUUCGUCAUGUGCAUUCUGAACCUGGCCUCUCUGGUUUAUACAGUGAUGAUAGUGAAGAGCAUGGUGUACUGCUGUGGGCUCGCUCUCCUGCUGCACCACAGGAAGAUGGGGUAGUGGACACAACACCUGUAGA